AUGAGAGGACUGGGUCAUCUGAUCAAACAGCAAACCAAGAUCCUGCAGUGGCUUUUGCUAUCCGGUGUGAAUUGCAGUAAGGAGGCAGACUUGGUUGAACUCGUCAAGUCUUUGAGACAUGUGAAAACACUGAAUCAUCUAACGUUUCUUGGCUGUGGUACAAAAAUAGGCGGUAUACUAGAAUGUCACGUCAGUGAGCUUCUUAUCUCACAGAAAUCACUCAUGGUGAUUGUCUAUCAAGAUAAUGGUCAACUCGUCGUAAAUAAUUGCCACUUAUCUUCAGAGAUUACUGUCAGGAUUUGGUCCUGUCUUAGAUCCUUCACCUCACUGAACCAGCUCACCAUUUCAGACUCCUCUCUUAGUUUCCCUCCUUCUACCCCUGAACUUCCAUCCGUCACACAUCUAUCAUCCGAGAGAGUGACGUCACAAAGCUAUGAAGGUCUGCUCUCAUCGCUCCCUGGCUUGAGAGAUAUCGAUAUCACUAUCGAUGAUGCAGAGAGAGACAUACCUCAGAUCACGGCUGGUCUUCGUCAGACCGGAGGACAGCAGCUCAAGUGCAUCAACAUUACAGCACCGUCAUCACUCCCAUCAGAGAAGCAAAGUGUAUCGAUAAAGACGAUGAGAGGACUGGGCCUUCUUAUCCGAAAACAAACCAGUAUCCUGCAGCGGAUAGAUCUGCACAUGGUGAAAUGCACAAAUGAGGAAGGCUUAGUUUACCUUAUCGAGUGCUGCAGACGUGUGAAGACGAUCUUGCGCGUGGGGUAG